AUAAAUUUAGUGUUUUUUUACAAAAUAUUUUAUAUUAUUAUUAAAAAAAUAGCAAAGUUUUUAGGACUUUUUGUAUAAAAAAUACUAAUAAAUAAAUUUAACAAAAACUGCUCUUGAAAACAUAAAAAAUGGCAGCACGUCGCGUUGCACAAUCCUCCAUUAACUGGUCUGCUUUGGCCGAGCGUGUCCCCGCCAACCAAAAGGCUAACUUUGCCGCCUUCAAAUCCAGGUCGGAUGUUUACAUGCGCGCUGUCUUGGCCAAUCCCGAGAACCCACCAAAAAUCGAUUGGGCUCACUACAAAAAAUUGGUACCCAUUCCUGGAUUAGUUGACAGUUUCCAAAAGCAAUACGAAGCCGUUAAGGUACCCUACCCAGCUGACAAUGUCACCGCUCAGGUUGAGGCUCAAGCUAAGGAAACCAAGGCUGAAAUCGAUAACUUCAAGAAGAGCUCUGAAGCUCGCAUUGCUCAAUUGCAAAAAGAAAUUGAUCAUUUGAAAUCAUUGUUGCCAUUCGAGCAAAUGACCAUGGAAGAUUACCGCGAUUCAUUCCCCGAUUUGGCUUUGGAUCCCGUCAACCGUCCCACUUUCUGGCCUCACACCCCUGAAGAGCAAGUCGGUUAUGUAUCCAAGGAAAUGGAAGCUGCUCGCGCUGCCCACGAACACUAGAGAGCCGGUGGAUAUUUGGGUAUAGAUUUAUUAUUUUAAGUUGUGAAGAUUUUGUUUUCAAAAUAAAAAAAUGUUUUGUAACUCUUAGGUUUAAAAAACUCGAGGGUUCAAAACAAAUUCGUUCAUUGCAAUGCGAAUUAUUUAAAAGAAAAAUUACACAGUAUGUGAAACGAUAAUUUAACAUCAAUAAAAAACAUUCUCCAAAAAUCUA